AUCAAGUUUCUUGAGGCCAUGACAGAUUUCACAGCUCAAAGAAUGGAUCCAUACAUUGUAAGAUUAGUGGUGAAAGAUCUCUUUAAGGGAGACAAGGAGCUGCUUUCGGGUUUCAAUGCGUUUUUGCCAAAAGAACUCAUGAUAGAACUCGACGAUGAACAACCAAUUCCACCAACAAUGGCUGAUGAGUUUUGGAAAGCCAUUGAUUAUAUCAUGAAAGUUAAGGAAACGUUUCAGGAUGAUGAUCGUAUAUACAAAUCAUUUAUGAAUAUCCUGGACAUGUUUAAGAAGAAAGAAAAGAGCCUCGAUGAGAUCUGCAAUGAGGUGACUAUCCUAUUUCGAAACCAUCACGACCUGCGUGUGGAGUUUUAUCACUUUCUCCCUCGUAAUUUAUGAUACCGUAGAGACGAGGGAAUGAGAUGAUGAGUUAUAUAUGCAAUCAAUGAAGCUAUGUCGUAUCACCA